AGAUCCUUCAUCAGUGACCGGCCAUUUAAUUGUCACCGGGUCCGUUGUUUAUAUCGUUGCUGCCAAUGGUUAAACACCUCUCGAUCAGCAGUUCUUUUUAUGGCUCAAUAACUUCUGUAACACUUGUGUAUGAAAACAAAGCGGUAAAGUUUGGGGGUGGGGCUUGUUAAUAGAUAAGAAAUACAGAACUGUAACUAAACAUAAAUAUUUUUAAGCAUAGAACAUAAAAGCGUUUACCUGAGUGACUACUCUACUACUAUCGGAUUGCAGUAGUACAGACAGGAUGCAUUCUCAGGCAGUCAUGGACCCUUAUCAUUACUCAGUGCACUACCGCUCACCUGGGAAUAGUUCCGGAGUUCCUGCCUUCCAUCCAGAUCUCUCAAUGUUACACGACCAACCACCAACGUCAUCCGUCGGAUCCCCGACCCCCGGGGCAAUGAUUCCGUCUUUUGGAUUUACACAGGAACAAGUUGCGUGCGUGUGUGAAGUUUUGCAACAAGGUGGAAACAUUGACAGAUUAGCUAGGUUUUUAUGGUCACUCCCUGCUUGUGAACAUUUACAUAAAAAUGAAAGUGUGCUUAAAGCAAAGGCAGUGGUGGCCUUCCACAGAGGAAACUUCAAAGAACUUUAUAAAAUAAUGGAAAGUAACAAUUUUUCACCUCAUAAUCACCCAAAGUUGCAGGCAUUAUGGCUCAAAGCACAUUAUAUUGAAGCGGAAAAGUUAAGAGGUCGACCUCUGGGCGCUGUGGGAAAGUACCGUGUGAGAAGGAAAUUCCCACUUCCUAGAACAAUAUGGGACGGGGAAGAAACCAGUUAUUGUUUCAAAGAAAAAUCUAGAACUGUUCUGAGGGAGUGGUAUGCUCAUAAUCCAUACCCAUCACCUCGUGAAAAGAGAGAAUUGGCCGAGGGGACGGGAUUAACAACAACACAAGUUAGUAACUGGUUCAAAAACCGACGACAGAGGGAUAGGGCAUCAGAAACUAAAGACAGAGGCGAUCGGGAUCCACAUUGUUCGCAAAGCAGUCAGGAUUCAAAUAUGGGAUCUCCACAGAGUGAUAAUAAAGACGGUGAUAUUAGCAGUGAUGAUGCAUUUACUGCACAAACAAAAAUAGAACCGCCAGACGAACACAACCAAGGCUCUAUAUAUACCAAUCUACAGAAAUCAUUGCCUGACAAUCCCAUGUUAAUGGCGGGAAAUCCAAAUAGACUGUCGAACGAUCAUGUUAGCAAUAUGUAUCAAGAUUUUCAAACUUUGUGACCUUAAACCUUGUGUUUUGUUGUAAAGCUAUUGACCAAAGACAAAGACAUCCUGGAGUUCGGUGCAAGUGACAAAUAUAUUCAGGCAAUCAUGGUGCCGACUGCUUGCCAUACAUGACGUUUAUAUAAAAACUGCAAUGAUAUUCCAUAUUUUGGUGCAUUUUAUGAUUUGUCUUAUUUUGCAUAAUAUUAGAACUUCAGGUCAAUUACACUGCAUCUAAAUUUACCAUUGAAAGCAAUUUAUUUGAUAAAAGAUCGAAUGUUUUGUUUCGAUACAUUUUUCAUGACUCUUCUUCAAAAUAAGCUAGAACGAUUUCCUGUUACCUUUAUAUUGCUCUAUCAAGUCACAUUUCAAAUCGAACAUGUCUUAGCAUAAAACAAAAUUAUAAAAGUCGUUUAAUUUUACUACGGACAGUAGCCUUCAAAUGAAACAAUAUAUUUAUAAAAGUCGUUUAAUAUUACUACGGAUAGUAGCCUCCAAAUGAAACAAUAUAAAUUGUGUUGAUCAUAAAUCAGAUAAUGGACUCUCAAUGGUAUUUUUAAACGCAUUGUAAUUAUCAACUAUUCUGUCGUAUGUGUAUCUGCUAUGACUGUUGUGAAUGUUUUGCACAAAUGUGUACUUUUCCUGUUUCUCUCUUACAUUCUUCAUACACAUAUCCUGUUUGUUAGUAUGACAAGAAUACCAUUCAUUAUACCUAUAUUGUAAGACCCCAUCAAUCAUCAACAUAAUCUUUAAAAUUCACAUAUUUUUAACCUAAAUUCCGAUCGUCCAUGAUAAGACACUAAGAAAUCGUUCCUUAUUUAUACUCAACUGUUUUGUUUACAUUUACACUUUGAGAUUCAGUGAAUGAAAAGCUGAUGAAAUCUUU